AUGUUGGUUGGAUUAUUCUGUCACGCUGAGCCCGACCCACCCACCGAUAUUGAUUUCACUAGCGUUACUGAAGACAGUGCUGUAAUCAUCUGGUCAGCUCCUAGGGCUCAAGUCACAGGUUACAGACUUUUCCUGACUGUCCAGGGCUCAAACCCUAAACAGCUGCAUAUUCCUGGCCGUAUGUCACAGUACACACUCAUCAACUUGCAGCCUGACACCGAGUACACUGCCACUCUGCAUGCCGAAAAAGGCAAUGUGCUUAGUGAGGGGUCCAUUGCCUCCUUCACCACACUUCAGCCGAUGGGAAAUGCUCCUCACUUCAGCACUGAUGUCACAGACACCUCCAUCAUUGUCUCCUGGACCCCUGUGCCUAAAAUUGGAUACAAGUUGACCGUGAGGCCCAGUCAAGGUGGAGAAGCUCCAAGGGACACGAUCUCAGAGUCUGGUAGUGUCCACAUCUCAGGUCUAACUCCUGGAGUUGAGUACACCUACAGCGUCCAGCCGGUCAUCAACGGUCAUGAGCAUGGCAACCCCAUCAUUCGACGCGUGGUCACUCAGCCCGACCCACCCACCGAUAUUGAUUUCACUAGCGUUACUGAAGACAGUGCUGUAAUCAUCUGGUCAGCUCCUAGGGCUCAAGUCACAGGUUACAGACUUUUCCUGACUGUCCAGGGCUCAAACCCUAAACAGCUGCAUAUUCCUGGCCGUAUGUCACAGUACACACUCAUCAACUUGCAGCCUGACACCGAGUACACUGCCACUCUGCAUGCCGAAAAAGGCAAUGUGCUUAGUGAGGGGUCCAUUGCCUCCUUCACCACACUUCAGCCGAUGGGAAAUGCUCCUCACUUCAGCACUGAUGUCACAGACACCUCCAUCAUUGUCUCCUGGACCCCUGUGCCUAAAAUUGGAUACAAGUUGACCGUGAGGCCCAGUCAAGGUGGAGAAGCUCCAAGGGACACGAUCUCAGAGUCUGGUAGUGUCCACAUCUCAGGUCUAACUCCUGGAGUUGAGUACACCUACAGCGUCCAGCCGGUCAUCAACGGUCAUGAGCAUGGCAACCCCAUCAUUCGACGCGUGGUCACUCAGCCCGACCCACCCACUGAUAUUGAUUUCACUAACGUUACUGAAGACAGUGCUGUAAUCAUCUGGUCAGCUCCUAGGGCUCAAGUCACAGGUUACAGACUUUUCCUGACUGUCCAGGGCUCAAACCCUAAACAGCUGCGUAUUCCUGGCCAUAUGUCACAGUACACACUCAUAAACCUGCAGCCUGAUACCGAGUACACUGCCACUCUGCAUGGGGAAAAAGGCAAUGUGCUCAGUGAGGGGUCCAUCGCCUCCUUCACCACACUUCAGCCGAUGGGAAAUGCUCCUCACUUCAGCACUGAUGUCACAGACUCCUCCAUCAUUGUCUCCUGGACCCCUGUGCCUAAAAUUGGAUACAAGUUGACCGUGAGGCCCAGUCAAGGUGGAGAAGCUCCAAGAGACACGAUCUCAGAGUCUGGUAGUGUCCACAUCUCAGGUCUAACUCCUGGAGUUGAGUACACCUACAGCGUCCAGCUGAUCAUCAACGGUCAUGAGCAUGGCAACCCCAUCAUUCGACGCGUGGUCACUCUUCAGCCAAUGGGAAAUGCUCCUGACUUCAGCACUGAUGUCACAGACACCUCCAUCAUUGUCUCCUGGACCCCUGUGCCUAAAAUUGGAUACAAGUUGACUGUGAGGCCCAGUCAAGGUGGAGAAGCUCCAAGGGACACGAUCUCAGAGUCUGGUAGUGUCCACAUCUCAGGUCUAACUCCUGGAGUUGAGUACACCUACAGUGUCCAGCCAGUCAUCAACGGUCAUGAGCAUGGCAACCCCAUCACUCGACGCGUGGUCACUCAGCCCGACCCACCCACCGAUAUUGAUUUCACUAACGUUACUGAAGACAGUGCUGUAAUCAUCUGGUCAGCUCCUAGGGCUCAAGUCACAGGUUACAGACUUUUCCUGACUGUCCAGGGCUCAAACCCUAAACAGCUGCGUAUUCCUGGCCGUAUGUCACAGUACACACUCAUCAACUUGCAGCCUGACACCGAGUACACUGCCACUCUGCAUGCUGAAAAAGGAAAUGCCCUCAGUGAGGGGUCAAUCGCCUCCUUCACCACACUUCAGCCAAUCAGAAAUGCUCCUCACUUCAGCACUGAUGUCACAGACACCUCCAUCAUUGUCUCCUGGACCCCUGUGCCUAAAAUUGGAUACAAGUUGACCGUGAGGCCCAGUCAAGGUGGAGAAGCUCCAAGGGACACGAUCUCAGAGUCUGGUAGUGUCCACAUCUCAGGUCUAACUCCUGGAGUUGAGUACACCUACAGCGUCCAGCCGGUCAUCAACGGUCAUGAGCAUGGCAACCCCAUCACUCGACGCGUGGUCACUCAGCCCGACCCACCCACCGAUAUUGAUUUCACUAACGUUACUGAAGACAGUGCUGUAAUCAUCUGGUCAGCUCCUAGGGCUCAAGUCACAGGUUACAGACUUUUCCUGACUGUCCAGGGCUCAAACCCUAAACAGCUGCGUAUUCCUGGCCGUAUGUCACAGUACACACUCAUCAACUUGCAGCCUGACACCGAGUACACUGCCACUCUGCAUGCGGAAAAAGGCAAUGCGCUCAGUGAGGGGUCCAUCGCCUCCUUCACUACACUUCAGCCGAUGGGAAAUGCUCCUCACUUCAGCACUGAUGUCACAGACACCUCCAUCAUGGUCUCCUGGACCCCUGUGCCUAAAAUUGGAUACAAGUUGACCGUGAGGCCCAGUCAAGGUGGAGAAGCUCCAAGAGACACGAUUUCAGAGUCUGGUAGUGUCCACAUCUCAGGUCUAACUCCUGGAGUUGAGUACACCUACAGUGUCCAGCCGGUCAUCAACGGUCAUGAGCAUGGCAACCCCAUCAUUCGACGCGUGGUCACUCCUCUUUCUCCACCCACGGAUCUGAACCUGCAGUCCAACCUAAACACUGGAGAGCUGACGGUUCAAUGGAACGAUGCUAAAAUCCCAGACAUCACGGGUCACAGGGUGACCUGCACUCCCACCAAAGGGCAACAAGGGAACUCUAUAGAGGAGUUUGUGAAGGCAGGACAGAACUCAUGCACGUUAGAGAAUCUGAGUCCAGGAGUGGAGUACAAUGUCAGCGUGUUUACUGUGAAGGAUGACAUGGAGAGUGUUCCUGUCUCCACCACUUUGACUCCGGAUGUGCCCAAAAUAACUGACCUUAGCUUCAUCAACAUCACUGACUCCACUUUCGGCCUCAGCUGGAGUCCUCUUAACUCCACCGCCGUUACCGGCUACCGCAUCACUGUCUUGGCUGCUGGGGACAGUGUCCCAAUCUUUGUUGAAUUUGUGGAGCCCACAUCAGGCGUUUAUACUGUGCAUGGUCUGGAGCCCGGUAUUGAUUAUGACAUUACCAUCACCACAGUCACAGAAAAUGGAGAGAGCGAACCCAUCACCAUCACCCAGCAAACAGCUGUCCCAGCUCCAUCUGGCCUGUCAUUCGGAGAAGUGACUGCAGACACUAUGCUGGUGACCUGGAAAGCCCCUCAUGUGCCCAAAUCCUCUGAUAUAAAGCGCUACAUCAUCCACUAUCAUCCGAUCGAUGACGAUGAUGACACCAUUGAGCGCACUGUAGAUGGAAACACAAACUACAUUGUUCUUCGCCAUCUUGUGCCCAACACUGAGUACAUGGUGAGAGUGAUUUGUGUCUAUGAAGAGAGAGAGAGCUCACCUGCCAUUGGCACUCAGAGAACAGUCCUCGAUGCACCUGUCGCCCUGCAGUUCUCAGAUGUGGGCACCAACUCCUUCACCGUACGCUGGCAGGCUCCUCAGGCCGUUAUCUCAGGAUACCGUAUCCACUACCAAAUGACCAGUGGGGGACGUGCUAAAGAGGAGAGACUGCCCCCAUCGAGGAGCCAUUUCACCCUCACAGGCCUGACCCAGGAGACCGAAUACAGGAUCAGCGUCUACGCCGUCAGCGGAUCCCGCGAGAGUCUGCCUCUAACUGGAACUCAGUCUACCAUCUCUGAUGCCCCCACUGACUUGGAAGUCAUCUCCUCAACGCCAACCAGCAUCACUGUUCGCUGGGACGCCCCCUCUGUCACUGUGAGGUACUACAGGAUCACACACGGAGAGUCAGGAGGUAUUGACGCUCCUCAGGAAUUUACUGUUCCUGGCUCCCAGUCUACUGCCACUAUUGAUGGCCUCCGUCCAGGCACUGAUUACACUAUCACUGUUUACGCUGUGACCGGCAGAGGGGACAGCCCUGCAUCCAGCACCCCCAUCCACGUUAUACACAGAACAGAUAUCGAGUCUCCAUCAGAGAUGCAGGUGACUGAUGUGAAGGACAACACUAUUACUGUACGCUGGAGCCCAGCAGUGGGUCCCAUCUCAGGAUAUCGUGUCACAGGAAAACCACUUAAUGGACAGGGACCUACUUUCUCUGAAGUGGUUGCUCCAGACCAGACUGAAAUGACAUUCUCUGGCCUGAUGCCGACAGCAGAGUACACUGUCAGUGUGUACGCUUUGGGACAGGACGGAGAGAGCCCCCCUCUGGUCGAAAAUGUAGUCACAACGGUGGACAAACCCAAAGACCUGUCCUUCACUGAUGUGGACUCAACCUCCAUGCGCAUCUCCUGGGAGAGUCCCGAUGGGGUGGUCUCCUCUUACAGAGUCCUGUAUUACAGUCCAGAGGAGGGCGAGAGAGAGCUGUUCCCUGCCCCACGUGGAGAGGAUGAGUCUGCAGUGCUGCACGGCCUCAGACCGGGCACAGAAUACACUGUUAAAGUCAUUGCACUGCAUGACCGGACCCCCAGCACUCCACUGGUGGGCACUCAAACAACAGCUAUUCCUGGACCCACAAGUCUGCACUUCUCCCAGGUGGGUCCAACAUCCUUCACCGUCUCCUGGUCGUCUUCUGACGUCAGGCUGACAGGUUACCGUGUGGCCAUCACCCCCAAGAGCAAAAAUGGACCCACUAAAGAGGACAACAUCUCCCCGGACUCGAGGGAGUUCCACGCCACCGGACUCAUGCCUGGCACUAAUUAUGAAGUGGAGGUUUACGGAGUGAAGAACUCUCUCACUAGCCGUCGUGUCAAAGGAGAAAUCUCAACACCUGACAACAUCAGUCCACCUCGACGUGUCCGUAUAUCCAAUGUGAAGGACUCCUCCAUCACUCUGACCUGGCGCUCUAAGACCGAGGCCAUCUCUGGUUUCCUGGUAGAGGCCACACCCACCAUACGUGGUCAUAACCCUAUCCAGAGAACCAUUGAACCUGAUUCACGCACCUACACCAUUACUGGUCUGGAACCAGGAACCCCUUAUAAAAUCAAUCUCUAUACUCUGAAUGGAAGCUCACGUAGUGAGCCUUUCACCCUUACAGCUGCUACAGCGAAACCAGUUAUCAGCCCACCUACAAACCUCCAUUUCACAUCUCUGACUCCUUCUUCGAUCUCCUUCACCUGGGAGCGUUCACGAAGCACUAUCACUGGAUACUAUGUGACUUAUGAAGAGGCUGGAGACAUCCCUAAAGAGCUGACCCCUCGACCUCAGGCUGGCAGGACCUCCGCUUCCAUCUCUGGAUUGAAACCGGGCACUGAGUAUGUUAUCAAGAUUGUGGCAUUAAAUAAUGCUCAGAGAAGCAUUCCACUGAUUGGAAAGGCAAAAACCCAACUGGAAAUUCACCAGCUGACCCCCCAGUUUCCUGAACCCAGCCGACCCCGACAUGACAUCCUGGAUGUGCCAGAAGACAACGACCAUUUUAACAACCACGUGCAUAUGGUGGGGCCAAACAGACUCGACACACUGGGGCAGCAGGGCAAACACAUCUACACUGAGUAUCAGAGCUACAACCUGGGCAAUAAAGCCCAGCAGCUUCAUCCCCCAAGCCACCGCGAGCCCCUGGUCUACAUCCCUCUGCCGGGAGCAGAUGGCCAGAGAGUGCCAGUGGUGCAGGUGAGCGACGGGCCUGAACCUGGCUUCCCCUUCGGUGGCCUUUACAAUGAGACAAACCUGCCCCAGGAGGCUCAGACCCAGACAACAAUCAUGUGGCAGCCUGUGCCGCACACCUCAGAGUACGUGGUGUCAUGCAAUCCCAUUACAGAGAUCAGUGAGAAGAUUUUACAGAUGCGUCUGCCUGGUACGUCCACUAGCGCUACACUGAUCGGUCUCACAUCUGGUGCCUCCUAUAAUGUUCUUGUGGAAUCUGUCAGCGGAGAACAAAAACAGAAAGUCCUGGAAGAUGUUGUGACUGUCGGAAACAGUGUUCCAGGGGCUGGAGUGGUUCCCAAAGGCAGGGAUGUGUGCUAUGACACGUUCACCGCCACCUACCAUGAGGUGGACGAGGAGUGGGAGCGCAUGUCCGAGACAGGCUUUAAACUCUGGUGCAAGUGCCUUGGUCUUGGCAGUGGUCAUUUCAGAUGUGAUUCAUCCAAAUGGUGUCAUGAUAAUGGCCACAACUACCGAAUUGGUGAGAAGUGGGACCGUCGUGCUGAGAACGGUCACAUGAUGAGCUGCACCUGUCUGGGCAGUGGGAAAGGAGAGUUCAAGUGUGAACCCCAUGAAUCCACCUGUUAUGAUGAUGGGAAGCUCUACCAGGUGGGAAACCAGUGGCAGAAGGAGUAUCUCGGAGCAAUUUGCACAUGUACCUGCUAUGGAGGACAACAGGGCUGGCGCUGUGAGAACUGUCGUCGUCCUGGGGUUGAAGUUGAUGCAGACCUCGUUCAGCCUCCAGUGCACUCUGAUGCUUACGACCGCUACAGAGAGAACGCCCUUCGCAAACUGAACAUUCAAUGUCCAAUUGAGUGCCUGAGACCAGACCUCUUAGCAGAUGCUCAGAGCCCUCUAGAAUAAAUGUCUAUCAAUUUUGCCCAGUAAUGGAGAGGACAUGGCCUCCAGAGACUGUAUCUAGCUCCCUCAGUGCCUCUCUGUCCUUAUCUUCACUCACACUGCAAUAUCUGUCCUGCUGCUUCCACCUGUGAUGUCACGCCCAGAGACAAAACUUCUCACUCUUCUGAUUGGUCGAGUCAGCAGCCAGUCUCCCUCUGCACAGUGGAUGGAAGGCCACCAUCUGUCUACACCGAGAUUCCACUGAUUUGAAACUUGGCUGUUGACAUCAUUUCCACAUCCUCUGGAAGCUCAAAUCAGUGGAACAUCAGCAGAGAAUCAACACAUCUUGCCUUUGUGUUUUUCAGUAUUAUUGUCUAUUGUCUGAUUGUGUUUUUUUUAUGAUUUUGUGACAUUCUGUGUAUUUUUGCCAGUGAUCCAAACGUUUAUUGGUGUUCUUUUCUAAAACAAGCACUGUCUUACAAUGAAAACCUUUGUGCCUUGUAGGCAUCCUUUUUGAAUGAUAUAAUAUUCACCCCUCCCUAAUCUGAUUGGUUGGUUGAUCUGUGGCCUUUGUGUCCGUCAGGAGACAAAGGAAAAGCACUGUGUUAAUGAAGAAGUGAACUUUUUCUUUUCUUUUAUUUAUCCCUUUUAUGUAUGUUUUGAUGGAAUGCAGAUUAUGGGUGUAUACUGUUUUUAUGUUUGUGUUUUAGGUGCCAAAAUCUUAACUACUGUGGACAAAAAUACUUUUUAAUAAAUUCUUUUUUUUACAAUG